GGCUAUUUGCUAGUACGGCACCGUACUUUCCUGGGUUAACAGUUGCCGCCAUGAUUCCAGUACGAUUUUAAGCCUCGCCUAUUCACAAUACAUAGACUGUGUCUAAAGUCACGACACUUAAAACUCCAUAUUCAAUAACUUGACAUUUUAAACGUUAAGACAAUAAACAGUCGAUAAGCACCUAGAUACUCCCAAGAAAAUCUGCAACUUAGAAUCGACCACCCCAACACAAUGCAGGCCAACCACGUCAUUGGGGUGCUGAUUUCCGUUCUCAUGACAUUUAUGGUUCUCCUCGGUAUGGGAGUCUACUACUUCGCUCGAGCAAUGCAGAGACGUCUUUUCCAGGCCCGAAACUUCGGACAAUCGUCGACGGGUGAAACACAAGGAACUCGAUCAAUUUUUUCCAGCCAGGCAUCAUCAGAACAAUUGAAUCAAGAAUUCCAAUCGUCUAGCUCGACGCAAUCACGUUCAACUCGAGCUUCAGCUCGAAGGGAUGAUAGUAAACACCCAACAUAUCAGGCAAAGUCUGAACGUUCUCGUAGACUUUCGGACAUUGCAGAGGAAUGGCAAAAUGGUGGUUAUCAAGGAGUAUCGCCGGAAGGUACCUCGGAUGAGACAGCAGAGUCUCUCUUGCAACUGGAACAAGAAAUACCAGUUUCUCAUGGUUGCAACCAGACUUGCCAUGGGCAUCACCCAAGGCCUGGUGAACGUCAGGUCGGGCUUGGUAUAGCUCAUGGGAAGGGACGUCAGGUAUUUGCAGAUAAUGAGUAAAGUAGGAAACCAUUUUCACACCUCUCCUGACAUACAGACGGCGCCUCAUCUAUCCAGGAUACGUGCGCUGUCAUGCUGACUCGGCCGAGGUUCCUUGUUUACAGUAGAAAGUACCAUUGUCUUCCUACAUGUAAAAUUUGCCACUACUUC